CACGCAGAGGCUCGCUUUCCAUCACGAUCCCCUCGCCUCGUCCUCCCUCGCACCGCCAAGUCCCCCACUACCAGAGCACGAAACCCUAGCGCGCGGCGCGGCGGCGAGGCGAUGGCGAUGGACCCGGACACGGUGGCGAAGGCGUUCGUGGACCACUACUACCGGACGUUCGACACCAACCGCGGGGGGCUGGUGGGGCUGUACCAGGAGGGCUCCAUGCUCACCUUCGAGGGCCAGAAGUUCCUCGGCCCCGCCGCCAUCGCCAACAAGCUCGGCUCGCUCCCCUUCCAGCAGUGCCGGCACACGGUCGUCACCGUCGACUGUCAGCCCUCGGGGCCCCAGGGAGGCAUGCUCGUCUUCGUCUCCGGCACCAUCCUCACCGGCCCUGAGGACCACCCCCUCAGGUUCUCCCAGGUGUUCCAUUUACUGCCAACUGGGGGGAGCUUCUUCGUGCAGAAUGACAUGUUCCGCCUGAACUACGGUUAAAGACAGCCAAAAACUCCUGCAAAAAGCGAACUGGUUCAGGGUUUCGUGUUGAAAUGAUGAAUACUGAAUGAUGGUGCUACUCUUGUCUGUUCAUCGGCGGCUGCAGUUUUUGCAAGAUAUUGCUAGACUUGGUAUGCUUGUGUUGGAUUAUUCUCUUGUUUUCGGUCAUAUACUGUGGUUGCUUGGCCACCGUUUCUUUGUGGAAUGUGAAUGAAAACGGUCCAAAUUUAUUCA